AUGGUUUUCACUGGGACAUCCUCGUCAUGGCUGGCGUCAGCUUUGACUCUUCUCUCCUUCUUUUCUCUCUUGUUCCCAACUAAUGCCCUGUACUUCUACAUGGAGGGCCGGCAUACCAAGUGCUUCUUUGAAGACCUACCUAAGGGUACUCUUGUGGCUGGCCGUUUCGAGACGGAAGUUAUUAACCCCCAAGCCGGCACCUACACGAUCGACCACGCCUUGAAGAUGCUCAUCACCGUCGACGAGACCUUCGACAAUGACCACCGCGUUGUGUCCAAGCGGGAAAGCCACUCUGGUCGCUUCCAUUUCUCCGCCGCGGAUGGCGGCCAGCACAAAAUCUGCUUCACACCUGAGACGGAUGCUAGCUCCAGCUGGUUGUCCAAUUCCCCUGGCGCCGUCAAGGUCAUCGUCGACCUUGCCAUUGGUGAGACUAGCCACAUUGAGACCGAGGACAAGGACAAAAUCAAGAACAUUGUGCAGCGGGUCAAGGAUCUCAACCACCGUUUACAAGAUAUCCGUCGUGAGCAGGUGUACCAGCGGGAACGUGAAUCUGAAUUCCGCGACCAGUCUGAGACCACCAACUCGCGAGUCGUGCGCUGGACCCUUAUCCAGCUCGCCGUUUUGUCCGCCGCCUGCGCCUGGCAGCUUUCGCACCUGCGGUCGUUCUUUAUUAAGCAGAAGUUGACCUAG